UGGGCCCAGAAAUCGAAGUUUCGCUAUAUUUUCCAUUGCUCCCAAAACUCAUCUUUUCCAUUGUUUUCCUUUAUUAACAUGAAAUUCUUCCUCAACUUAAUCACUACCCUCCUACCUCCACCCCCCUCCAAAAAUCCCCAAAUUAUUCGCAAUCUCGUUAAAUUUCUUCUUAAACCCUAAUCAAUCCACCCCCGAUCACCCCAAAUCCCCAAACCCUUUAACCAAUUCCCCACAAUUCACCACUUUCUCAUGCAACCCAUGGAUUCCGAUCAUCUUUUCCAAUACACAUUCACUCAUUUUUCCGAUGAUGAUCAAGAUUAUUACGACGACGCUUAUUCCGAUGAUGAUUGUGCUAUAGAUGACGGCGCCGAUGAUUCCAAUGUUUUGGUCAACCGCGUCAAUUCUACGAGCGACAAAAGCUAUCUAAUUUUGAAAGAAGAUGAUCUUGCUCAACGUUAUGAAGAAGAUAUUGUUAAGGUUACCUCUGUUUUAUCUGUUUCUAGAGAUUCUGCUUGCAUGUUGUUGGUUAAGUAUAAUUGGGAUGUUAGUAAGCUUCAUGAAGCUUGGUUUCAGGAUGAGGGUCAAGUUCGUGGGAGUGUCGGGUUGUUAGACGUUGAUUUGUCGGUUAAAUUCCCCGAAUAUUCAGAUGAAAAGGCUGUUGUUGAUUGUGGGAUUUGUUUCGAAUCGGUCCGGGUUGGGGAUACCGCAACAUGUGGGUGUGAUCAUAGGUUUUGUAAGGCGUGUUGGAAGAGUUAUGUGUGUACUGCUGUUGAGGAUGGACCUGGGUGUUUGACUUUGAGGUGUCCGGAGCCGUCUUGCAAGGCUGCGGUUGGGCCGGAUAUGGUUCGCGUGUUGGCGAGUGAAAACGAAAGGAAAAGGUAUGAUCUUUUUCUGCUUAGGACUUAUGUCGAGAGUAAUAAGAGGGUUAAGUGGUGUCCUGGGCCGGGAUGCGAGUAUGCUGUUGAGUAUGAUGAUGAUUUCGAGAUCGGUAGUUACGAUGUUUCGUGUAAUUGUAAGUAUGGUUUUUGUUGGAAGUGUAUGGAGGACGCUCAUCGUCCGUUGGAUUGUGAAACCGUCGGUAAAUGGGUGUUGAAAAAUAACGCCGAAGCGGAAAACACUAACUGGAUUCUCGCGUAUACGAAGCCUUGCCCGAAAUGUAAGCGGUCGAUUGAGAAGAACCACGGUUGUAUGCACAUGACUUGCAGGCCGCCGUGUGGAUAUGAGUUUUGCUGGUUGUGUCUUGGGCCGUACAAUAGACAUGAUGGCAGAGCUUGUAAUGGUUAUGCUAAAGAAGGGGGUCCGGUUCAUGAAGCGGAACGUCAAAGAGAGUUGGCUAAAAAAGCAAUUGAGAGAUAUACGCAUUACUACGAGCGUUGGGCUGCAAAUGAGAAGUCGAGAAAACAAGCUCUUACAGACUUGCAUAAGAUUGAAACCGUUGAUCUUAAGACGCUAAGUUUAACCUAUCGCCAGCCCGAGACGCAGUUGCAGUUCAUUAUAGAUGCUUGGUUACAGAUAGUUGAAUGCAGGCGCAUGCUGAAAUGGACGUAUGCAUACGGGUAUUACAUACCGAAAAUCGAAGAGGCUAAAAAGACGUUCUUUGAGUAUGUGCAGGGUGAAGCAGAAUCUGGCUUAGAAAGGCUUCAUCUUUGUGCGGAGAAAGAACUACAAACUUAUAUUAUAAACGAAGACAAAGACAUCACCGAGGAGAAGUUUAAUUGUUUCAGAAUAAAGUUAACUGAUUUGACUAAAGUGACUCGCAAAUAUUUCGAAAAUCUGGUGAGGGCACUAGAGAAUGGUCUUGCGGAUGUUGACUCGCACGAGGGUGCAGCAGGUGGUUCAAGUAGCAAGGUUAAAGCGCGAAAGGGGUCUGAUCAGGGUGGUGAAUCGUCACGACGAGGGUCUGAUGGUGCAAAGAGAAUGAGGAUGAUGGGGACUCGGCGUCCCAUGGAUGAUACACACAGACAUGCGGCUUGGAUGGCUGGUGAGUCAUCGGGCAAUGACUAACCGAGUGAUGAUGUUUGUCUAGUUAUGUUUUGCUAUGAACAUGAAUGGUGUGCAGGGUAUUUGGUAUAGUUGUUUCUAAAACUGUAUAAGUUAUUUCCUUUACUUCUAACUUUAAAACUUCUUUCUGUUUGUGGACUUUUAUUUUUUUUGGUUUCUGUGCUUUCUUCAUUUUAUGA